CUGUCAUUUGUGUACUUAUCUGGCAGCAUAUUUUUUUUAGUGAUUAGUGGAGUGUCAUUAACUGUGCAUCUUCAACGCGUGAACGGGAUUUGUUUACUCGAAUUUGUUUAUAAAUUGAAGUUUGACUUGGAGGUUUUAACAAAAAAAAUGAAAUUUUUUUCAACAAUGUCGUCAGGAGGCUUUGUGUUGACUUAGACGUCAAUUUUUGUUGUCUAUAAAACGAUAACAUAUUUUGCGGGUCUUCUAUCGUGGAUGACUCAGUAGUGUCAUAAAAUAACCCGCAGCAUAAAAAAUACAAACAAAGCAAAAAAUAAUCAGACUCUUCGGUCGAUAAAUCACUUUUCUUUUUAUGUUUUGUGCAUCAGCUUUUUGGUAUUCGCUUUGUUUGAUUACAAAUUGAUGCGGUUGUUUAGAAAACGUAAAAUGAGCACCAGUUACUCGGAUAUUCCAAUUGGGGUUCGGAUCAUCCAAAGUAUUGGAAAUCGAAUUGGAUUCGGAACGACUGUACGGUUCAACAGAGUACUAACCUACAAGUUUUCGGUACUCGCACUGACGUACUUGGCUUAUAUGUGCUACCAUUUAACGAGAAAGCCAAUAUCUGUGGUCAAAAAUGUUCUACAUCGAAAUUGUUCCGAUUUGCUAAUGCCCAAAGAUUUUAAGGUGACACCAACCACCAAUGAGAGUACGUGGUGCGAUUAUCCCCCUUUCGAUGGUCCGGACUCAGCCGCUCUCCUCGGAACGCUUGAUUCUGCCUUUCUAUUUUCGUAUGGUGCCGCAAUGUUUGUGUCCGGUUUCGUUGCGGAAAGAGUUUCGUUACGAUAUUUUUUAACAUUCGGAAUGUUACUGUCCGGCAUUUUCACCUACCUCUUUGGAAUUGCUAAGACAUACGACAUUCACUCGAUGUGGUAUUUCAUUAUUGUCCAAGCAAUGGCUGGUAUUUGUCAGACAACUGGUUGGCCUGGUGUAGUGACUGUACUGGGUCGUUGGUUCGGCAAAUCGAAACGUGGACUCAUAUUUGGCAUUUGGAAUAGUCAUACGUCAAUUGGAAACAUUUUGGGUUCGUUAAUUGCUGCCCACUAUGUCGAAACGGACUGGAGUAAUUCAUUCAUUGUACCCGGCUUCAUUAUGGGAUUGGUUGGAUUCGGAAUGUUUUUGUUUCUGGUUGAUUCGCCGGAGAUAGUCGGAUGUCAGGAAUGUGUAACGGCUCCUGUUGAGCGACGCGGCGUCUACAGUCGAGUUGAAUGUGGUUCCAUGUCUGACGGUGAAUCGGAUGUGGACGAUACGGAUAUUAUAGUUGGCGAACAAGAAGUAAAUCACAGACCAACCGAGCGAACUCCGAUAUUAAACCAACGUGUCAACCCUAAUUCACCCGCCAGUGAUGCUAUUGGAUUUGUUGGGGCGUUGAAAAUUCCUGGUGUCAUCGAAUAUUCACUGUGCUUAUUUUUCUCCAAACUUGUUAGCUACACUUUCCUUUACUGGUUGCCACUGUACAUACAAUCAUCAACAAGUAUGGGCGCUACUCACAGCGCUGACCUGUCAACGAUGUUUGAUGUUGGAGGUAUAAUUGGAGCUAUUGCCGCUGGAGUAUUAUCAGAUUAUACUGGCAUGUCGGCGUGUACCUGUGCGGGAAUGUUAAUCUUUGCCAUUCCAUUGCUACUAGUAUACCAAACCUUUGGUACCGUUUCAUUAGCCAUAAAUAUUUUCCUGCUGUUCAUUGUUGGAAUUGUAGUCAAUGGGCCGUAUGCUCUAAUAACGACAUCCGUUAGUACUGAAUUGGGGACACACAGUUCGCUUGAGGGUAACUCCAAAGCCUUAGCUACAGUAACAGCCAUUAUUGAUGGAACUGGAUCCAUUGGUGCAGCCGUUGGACCCCUAUUGGCAGGAUUGGUUUCAAGUUCUGGCUGGGAGAACGUUUUUCACAUGCUAGUUUUCUCCGAUGUGAUGGCACUAAUUUUGUUAUUGCGGCUAGUUCGAAAGGAAAUCAUUCGACAGAAACGAAAUCCUCGCAUAGAUUGAAUUAAAAUAACGAAAGUAGUUUAGAUAGACGAAAUUUUUUAAAUUAUUUGUUGAUUCGUUUAAGAGGGUAGGAGAAUUUAGAACUUUUUCUAUGAAUGUAUUUUUGUAUAAUCGGUAUUACGAUGUUGAUGUCGGUAGUUCUCCUCGUAUCGUUUCUCUAAUUGUUUAAGAUGAAAAUUUACUUGAUUUACCUAUUUGAUUACUAUCUGUUACACAUGUUCGUUAAAUCAUUUUUAUUGUAAUCAGCCACUAUGAUUCCACUAUUUUAUGUAUUACAUUGUAAUUUGUAACGAACAAACAUUUCGAAAAAAAUACAUCUUACCAAUCCAACAUA